AUGGAUUCUUCGUUUUACCAUGUCCUUGCAUUCGUCAUUCCAUGUCUGGUUUUGUUCCUUUCUCGCAAAUCAAGGGCCAAACGCCGGCUCAGCCUCCCUCCGGGCCCCCCUGGUUGGCCUCUCGUCGGCAAUCUUUUUCAACCUUUCAGCUCCGGUAAAUCAUUCUUUGAAUACAUCGACCAUCUUUGUGGUCGAUACGGACCCAUUUUCACUCUCCGGAUGGGGGCUCGAACCCUGAUUAUAGUCAGCGACGCCAAGCUCUGUCACGAAGCGUUUAUCGAGAAAAGCGCACUCUUCGCCAGCCGGCCACGGGAAAACCCCACCCGAAACAUCUUUAGCUGCAACAAGUUCACCGUUAACUCCGCCGUUUACGGCCCCGUGUGGCGGUCCCUGAGGCGGAACAUGGUUCAGAACAUGCUGAGCUCCAGUAAACUCAAAGAGUUUCGUACUCUUAGAAAGCAUGCGAUGGAUAGACUCAUCGACCGUCUCAAAGCCGAAGCCGAUGCCAACGACGGCGUCGUCUCGGUGCUGAAAAACGCUCGUUUCGCGGUGUUUUGCAUACUCUUAGCCAUGUGUUUUGGAGUCGAGAUGGACGAAGAAACCGUCGUGAAAACGGAUGAAGUAAUGAAAUCUAUUUUGAUCACACUUCUUCCGAGAAUCCAUGAUUUUCUUCCCAUUUUAAGCCCGUUUUUCUACAAGCAACGCAGGCGAGCGCUCCAAGUUCGUAAAGAGCAGAUAGAACACAUGGUCCCGUUAAUCGAGAACCGCCGUGCAGCUCUUUUAAACCCGGGUUCUGAUCGAUCCGCCAUGCCGUUUUCGUACCUCGACACGCUUUUCGAUCUCAAAGUUGAAGGAAGGAAAUCACCACCGUCCAAUUCAGAGCUCGUAACGCUUUGCUCCGAGUUCCUCAACGCUGGGACCGAUACCACCGCAACCGCAAUCGAAUGGGGAGUCGCACAGCUGAUCGAGAACCCAGAAAUCCAGACCAAACUGUUCGACGAAAUUCAAUCUACGGUGGGUGAUCGGAAAGUAGAAGAAGCCGAUCUCGAAAAGCUCACGUACUUGCAAGCGUUUGUCAAAGAACUGCUACGAAAACACCCACCUACGUACUUUUCACUGGCUCACGCAGCCAUUGAAGAAGAAGCAAAACUAGGAGGAUACGACAUACCGACGGAUGCGAACCUGGAGACAUUCAUUCCGAGGAUCAGCGACGACCCGAGGAUUUGGAACGAGCCGGACAAGUUCGACCCGGAUAGAUUCUAUUUAGGGAGAGAGGAGGCUGAUAUAACGGGGGUGAAAGCGGUGAAAAUGAUACCUUUCGGCGUGGGGAGAAGGAUUUGCCCUGCAUUGGGGAUGGCGAUGGUGCAUGUGCCCUUAAUGUUUGCCAAAAUGGUUCAAGAAUUUGAGUGGAGUGCUUAUCCGGUUAAUACCAAGGUUGAUUUUAGUGGGAAAUUUGAGUUUACCAUAGUGAUGAAGAACACCUUGAAAGCAACGAUCAAGCCAAGGGUUUCUGGUUGAUAUACAUAGGUAAAUUAC